AUGCGCUUUUUUGGUUGUGUAGCAGUGGCCUUGAGCUUCUUAGGUUCUGCGUCCGCAAAUAUUGUUCCUCGAUCGUACGAUACUCACGAUUUCUUCGCUCUUCACCUCGACAACUCGACGUCUCCGUCUGAUGUCGCUCGGCUGCUCGGUGCCCGCCACGAGGGCCAAAUAGGAGAACUUCCCGGCCACCACAAAUUCUCCCUUGCGAGAGAAGACAGCUCAAAUCUCGAUACAUUAUUAGAGGAUCUGCGGGUCAGGAGGAAGCUACGAAAGCGUUCGGAAGAUGAUGCUGCGUCAUUAGCCACGAGGGAUCCUGGGUUAGAUGGUAUACUUUGGUCGAGAAAGCUAGCUCAAAAACAGCGGCUAGUGAAGAGAAUCCCACCCCCUGUGAAGCGAUCCCGGGGAGCUCCUCCUCCGGCAAACCCCGAAGCUGCGCAGAUUCAGAAGCAGGUUGCUACUGAGCUUGGAAUCACCGACCCGAUCUUCAAUGAACAGUGGCAUCUUUUCAACCCUGUGCAGGUCGGCCACGAUCUCAAUGUGACUGGUCUUUGGUUGGAGGGAAUCACCGGAAAGGGCGUUAUCACGGCGAUCGUUGACGAUGGUUUGGAUAUGUACAGCAACGAUCUCAAGCCCAACUACUUCGCAGAGGGUUCUUACGACUUUAACGACAAAACCCCGGAGCCUAGGCCGCGCCUUUAUGAUGACAAGCAUGGUACAAGAUGCUCAGGAGAGAUUGCCGCAGCUAAAAAUGAUGUUUGUGGAGUCGGCGUGGCAUAUGAUAGUCGAAUUGCCGGAAUUCGAAUUCUCUCCAAGGCUAUUGACGACGCGGAUGAAGCCGCUGCUAUCAACUACGGUUUCCAACAAAAUGACAUUUACUCAUGCUCCUGGGGACCUAUGGAUGACGGUGAGACAAUGGAGGCUCCGGGUAUUUUGAUCAAACGAGCCAUGGUCAAUGGUAUACAGAACGGUCGGGCUGGAAAGGGCUCAAUUUUUGUUUUCGCAGCUGGCAACGGAGCCGCAUAUGGCGAUAACUGCAAUUUCGACGGAUACACCAACAGUAUAUACAGUGUCACUGUUGGUGCCAUCGAUCGGGAAGGCAACCAUCCAAGCUAUUCGGAAUCCUGCUCUGCGCAAUUGGUGGUCGCAUACAGUAGUGGCUCUGGCGAUGCCAUCCAUACCACAGAUGUUGGUACCGACAAGUGCUAUUCUCUCCAUGGUGGAACUUCAGCCGCCGGCCCGCUGGGUGCUGGUACUAUCGCACUGGCUCUCAGCGUUCGACCUGAACUGACGUGGCGUGAUGCUCAGUAUCUGAUGAUCGAGACUGCAGUUCCUGUUCACGAAGACGAUGGCAGCUGGCAGAACACCAAAAUCGGGAAGAAAUUCAGUCACGAUUGGGGUUAUGGAAAGGUAGAUACAUAUACCAUGGUUCAGAGAGCAAAAACAUGGGAUCUAGUGAAGCCACAAGCCUGGUUCAACUCUCCGUGGCUCCAGGUGCUACAUGAUAUUCCCCAGGGCGAGCAGGGUCUUGCCAGCACUUAUGAGGUGACCGAAGAGAUGGUGAAAAAGGCAAACAUGGCGCGAUUGGAGCAUGUUACUGUGACUAUGAAUGUGAAUCACACGCGCCGGGGUGAUCUCAGUGUGGAGCUGCGCAGCCCGGAGGGCAUUGUCAGCUACCUGAGUACCGCAAGACAAUCUGACGAUGCGGAUAAGGGUUACGUUGAUUGGACUUUUAUGACCGUUGCUCAUUGGGGCGAAUCUGGUAUUGGCAAAUGGACGGUGAUCGUUAAAGACACCCGUGAGAAUGAAUUUACCGGAAAAUUCCUUGACUGGCGCCUCAACCUUUGGGGAGAGGCCAUUGACGGAUCCAGCCAACCACUUCAUCCUCUGCCGGAUGAGCAUGACGAUGAUCACGAUAUUGAGGCUGCUCAUGUUGCCACGACCAGCGUCGCACCAUUACCAACAAAGACUGGGGAUGUGACUGCGCCAACCGAUGUAAUCGAUCGGCCUGUAAAUGCAAAGCCCACCGAGACAUCUGAGCCCACGAACUCCGAAGAAUUGGCCACUGAGCCAGCUACCGGCACUGCCCCAACCAACACCGCAACACCGAGCAGCUUCUUGCCUUCAUUCCUCCCAACUUUUGGCACAUCGAAACGGACCCAGGCUUGGAUCUAUGCCGCUAUUGGGUUCAUCAUCGUCUUUUUCAUUGGCCUUGGCGUGUACUUCCAGGUCCAGCGACGCAAGCGUAUCCGCAGCAACGCCCGUGAUGACUAUGAAUUUGAAAUGAUUGAGGAUGAGGACGAACUGCAGGCCAUGAAUGGCCAAUCUGGCCGUACGCAGCGUCGGGGUGGAGAGCUGUACAAUGCAUUUGCAGGGGAAAGCGAUGAGGAACUAUUCAGCGAUGACGACGACGAGCCUUACAGAGAUCGCGGUGGAAGUGAUGGAGGGGAACAUAUGUCGGAGAAGCCAUUGUCGGAGAAGCCGUAA